UCCUGCUAUGCACUACUAUCCCAAUGACAAUGGCCGAUGAUCAGAAUUGCUGCACCAAAAAGAGAGCACAGCAAUGCGAAUCAAAGUGGUCCGAGCUCCCAAUUGAAAUCGCAGAUUUGAUCUUGGAAAAGCUUGCGUCCGUUGACAUCCUUCGCUUUAAAGCAGUUUGUUCUUCUUGGAAGUAUGCUGCAAACUCUUACAUCACUGCACCUUAUUACAAGCCAUUGCCUCAAUCUCCAUGGCUCGUGCUUGGUAAUGGUCAAGAAGACAACAGUUGUCGGUUUUUCAGUCUCGAAGAGAAAAAGGUCUAUAUCAUCAAGAACAUAUUAUUUGAAGGCUGUUGUGUGGGCUCAUCACAUGGGUGGCUGGUGAUUAUGAACAAGGAUUCAAUCUUAAAUCUUUUCAAUCCUGUUUCAGGUGAAAUCAUUCAACUCUCAGAUAUUCGAGUUCUUGAUGGCUUUUCCAGCUUUUCUAGUAGUGAAAUAUUGAAAGCUGUCCUUUCUUCAGAGCCGUCUGGCCGGAAUAAGUUUUUCUUGACGAUUUGCAUUAGACAAACAUCAAGAAGUAGGAGGUUUGAUAAACUUGCAGUCUAUAAUCAUGAAGACAAAACAUGGAGUCCCUUGCUCGUUAACCCUAGCUCUCGGGAGAUUGUAUUAAUUCCUCAACGGCAAACUAUUCGCAUUGUUACCAAAUGUAGUACAAGUUUGGGACUUCGAGAAAUCUCGUCAUGAUGGGACAAAUUUAUAUAUUUUCAAACGGGAUCGAUCUUUGACUCGUACUUACUUGGUCCAGAAUAUACAGUCAAUACUCUCGCUUCGUGGAGUCAUUGGGUGAGAUUUUGCGUGUGACGCUGGUUUUGGUCAAGAGCUUGGAUGAUAGUUCCCACAAAGAAUCGUAUUUUGAGGUCUAUAAGAUGAAUUUGAGGCCUAUAAGAAGUCGAGCUCCGUGGGAGAAAGUGGAAAGUUUAGGUCACAGAUUUAUAAUUUGGUGCCGAAAUCGACCUUCGAUAGCAUUAUCCGCCUUAUAUUUUACAGAAUUUGAAGAAAACUCGAUUUACUGUUAUCAUCGUCGUCGUUACAUUUUCGUGUACAACUUAAAAGAUAAAGUUGUGAAGCCAUGUUACAAAUUUGAUGAGUCCACAACGGAUCAAGAACCGUUCUGGAUUGUUCCCAAUGUAUCC